AAAAAAAGGGGGGGACAAGUACGCGAUCGCGUCGAGGAGGUACGGCGAUACCAGUAGACGACAAAAAUAUCGCACUCGAGUGUGCAGACGUGUUUCGUCUCGUGAAUUCAGUGCCAGAAUUAUCUUGGAAUCGUUUGCAACACUCGUUGGAAGGUUACUACCUGCAGCAUCGACGCGUAUCGUGGAGCGAGUCAUUACCGACCGCCAACGAUAGGAAAUCGUAAUUACGGCCCACUACUUUCAGCUCAGAGACGUCAUUCAGCACGCGACCAUCUCGUCACUCGGUCGCUGUCAUGCGUGUUUUCGAUCAGAAUUAUCAUUAUCAGGAUUUGAUACGAGAAACAAAGCGCAAAGAAUAAAUAUUAACAGAUUCGUUCUACACUUUGGAACACGUUCCGAUUGGUAGCGCGACACUGGUGUUGUACUAGUUUUAACGUACUUCGGCUUUAACUUAGUGUUACCAGUUUUAACAGUGCAGUGCAACUUAAAAAUACCAGUUGUAGAAGCGAAGGCAGCACUUUAUUUAUCUAUGUUUUAUCUAUGUAUUAUCUAUGUUUCGUCUACGUCAGGAGGUUGAAUUGAAAAAAGAGAUCGUAAUCCAGUAGCAAGUCGCAAAGCAGCCUCGGUGCGGAACUUCGAACGAAGUUCAAGGUUCGGGAUAUGUCAUUUAUGAAUGCCGUGCGACUUAUUCGGAAAAGACUUUUUAUGUUGUAAAUGCGUUCCUUCUUUGAGGUGAGCUCGACGUUGAUUCAAGAAAAUCUGCCGUUCCACCGCAAAAGAAGAAUAUUUUUAUACCAGCUGAUUUUAAAUAACUAAAAAAUUGAAAAGAGUGAUCUUAGAGAUAUAAUGAAGAUGGUUAGUGAUAAACUAUCAUCCACGUUAUGAAACAUACAAUAUGAAAUCCAAUUAUGAAAUAUACUCUUCAUUGAAGUCUCAUCUCGAUUGAUACUUUCGAGAAAAGGAAUGCUUGUCCUUGAGAAUGAUUUCGAAGGCCUCUCGACGAUCGAAAGACAUUCUCAACGCCAUUAUCUCAAAAUGAGAUCCAGCUUUAGAAUUUAGGAAUUCAGAAGAAGAAAGGAAUAUUAAAGAAGAAAAAUUCAGUCAAUAUACAAUAGCGCUUGUGAAAGUUGCCUACCUGAUAUGGCCGAUCAAACAUCAUCUUUACAUGAUAAUGACGUCAGUAUACAAUAUGAUUUCGUUUGUGACGUCGCCGAGUCACAGGACGAUGGAUCAAACGGCUCAUCGAUGGACAAUAAUUUACAAAACCGUGUCCUCAGGAGAACAAGAAGUCUAAAUGCACCCAGUCCUGUUCAAACUUUUGGGAGAUGUGGGCGUAUCAUGAAAAAUUCUGCGAUGGUUAUGACCAUUCAGGAUCCAGCCUCACAGAGGUUGACAUGGUACAAGCCACCUCUUUCCGUUUUGGUCAUCAAGAAGGUCCGCGAUUCGUCAGUCCUGCCACCAUUUGUUCAGUUGGUUACAUGGUUGAUAGAGGAGAAACGAAUGGUUGUGUUUGUGGAAGCCUCUGUUUUAGAGGACCCGGCUCUUGCCAGGGAUCCUAGGUUUCAAGUUGUACGAGACAGAUUACAAACCUUUAGGGAUGGUACAGAUGACUUGCAGGAUAAAAUUGAUUUUAUUGUCUGCUUGGGAGGUGAUGGCACACUUCUCUAUGCCAGUUUGCUAUUUCAACAGUCAGUGCCACCCGUAAUGGCAUUCCAUCUUGGUUCCUUAGGAUUUCUCACACCCUUCGAAUUUGACAAUUUUCAAGAACAAGUGACGAAUGUUCUUGAAGGUCAUGCAGCUUUAACUUUAAGGAGCCGUCUAAGGUGUAUCAUCAUACGCAAGAAUGAGGAUAGUCAACCGACAGAACCACCGACAAAUCUUCUAGUACUGAAUGAAGUUGUAGUAGAUCGAGGGCCUUCACCUUAUCUUUCAAAUAUCGACUUGUUCAUUGAUGGCAAGCACGUGACGAGUGUCCAGGGUGAUGGUUUGAUUGUGAGCACGCCGACCGGAUCAACCGCUUAUGCAGUCGCUGCUGGAGCCAGCAUGAUUCAUCCUUCAGUUCCUGCCAUUAUGAUCACACCGAUUUGCCCUCAUUCUCUAUCCUUCAGGCCGAUUGUCGUACCUGCCGGGGUCGAACUGAAGAUCUCGGUUUCACCGGACAGCAGGAAUACCUCGUGGGUGUCCUUUGACGGUAGAAAUAGGCAGGAGCUCUUCCACGGUGACAGUUUGAAGGUAACUACUUCUAUAUACCCGGUACCUAGCAUUUGUGCAGCCGAUCAGAUCACGGAUUGGUUCGAUUCCCUAGCCGAAUGCCUUCACUGGAACGUCAGAAAGCGACAGAAGCACUUGGACGAGUUGAGCGACCUCGCGCAUUCAUCCAGUAAUGAUACUUUAGAUUCCCUCGAUCGGGAUAGUUAGGUUAAAGGGAACAUUCGUUUAUAGACUACGUAAUACAACUGACAAUAUUUGACCAAAUGAAUAAUCGUAUUUGGCUAAAAAAAUCGAAUAUUUAAAAUAGAUUACUCGACAAGUUUCUAAAUAAUCUCGCCCUCAUCGAUUAAAACUUUUUUAGCGAAGUUUUGUUACAUGUACAGAAAAAAAUCGAUAAAGAAAGUGAUUAGCUGCCAGCUAAAGCUAUGCUCUGCACGAUUCUCUUGAAAGAAACAGAAAAUAUCUACGUAUUUACGAGAGAAGAAAGAUGGAUAUUGUGUAAUUGAGAUUACAAAAAUGAGCAUGGAUUAUGAUUCUGUAAAAAUCUAAUAAAAUGCAUUUGUCUACGAAGAGAAA